AUGAUUACUCCAUAUUUAAUAUUAUUAAUAGUAGGAGUUGUCAUAUGUGACGACGCCCUAAGUUCAUCCGAGAUAUCGGAUUCGUAUGACGAGUCAAACGAAAGCGGCUCCUGGCCCUUCGAAGAUGUGGGGACGCGUAUAGUGCGUGGAAAGAAAGCACCGGAUGGGUUCGCUCCAUACCAGGUCUCGCUGCGCAAGAAGUACAAGAAUGAACCAUAUCAUUUCUGUGGAGGUUCAAUUUAUAAUGACCACUGGAUCCUUACAGCUGCUCACUGUACUGUGAAAUACGAUGCCACUGAUAUAAUAGCGGUUGUGGGAACGAAUUCUCUUUCAUCUGGAGGAGAUAAGUACAAUGUGAAGCAAUGCAUUGAACAUGAAAAAUAUGACAGAAAAACGCUCGCCAACGACGUAGCUGUUUGUAAAAUUGACAAAAAAUUCACUUAUGGCGAUAAAGUAAAAACUACAACGUUAGCUGAAAAAGACCCUAAGGGUGGUGAUAAAGUUGUACUGACAGGGUGGGGAUACACAAAUUAUUAUAGACGUACAACACCAGACCAACUUCAGAUGUUAGAAAUGACAGUGUUAACACAAGAUGAAUGUAAUAGAAACUAUACUCAGAUAAGCGGCUAUCAGAAGGUCGACGAGACGCAAGUCUGCGCAUUAGCUAAGAAGGAUGAAGGUGGAUGUCUAGGCGAUUCCGGAGGACCUUUGGUACUGAGUGAUGGCAAGGUACAAGUGGGUAUCGUUUCCUACGGAGUACCAUGUGCUCAUAACUUCGGCGACGUAUAUGCAAGUGUUGCAUACUUUCAAGAUUGGAUAAAGAACAAAACGUCUUCCGUAUAA